AUGCCGAAAACUAGAAAUAAAAAACUAAAGCGUAAAGCCAUUUCUUUGGGAACCAAAAUUGAAAUUUUAGAUCGCCUUCGCAAUGGAGAAGGCUCCACAUUUCUGGGCAAAAUAUACGGCCUUAACGAAGCCACCAUAAGAACUAUAAAAAGAAAUGAGAAUUCCAUUCGGCAAUCGGUGAUUUCUGGAACGGAACUAUCGGCCAAGUUUUCAUCGUACACCAGAGAUGCCACCAAAGAAAAAAUGGAAAGGGCACUCGUAAUAUGGCUCGAGGACAAUGCAAAGAAACGGAUUUCCGUAGACGGAAACGAUAUCAAAGAGCAGGCAUUGAGGUUCUAUAAAAUGAUAAAGGACGAACAACCGUCCACCUCUACACAAUCCACUCAUGAGAAGACCUACUUGUUUUCUGCCAGCACAGGAUGGUUGACAGGAUUCCUCCAAAGGCAUGCGCUUCAGACCAUCAAAAUCAAGGGCGGAAUUGCCUCUGAGGAGCAGAAAGCCGCAAGUUCCAUAGAAUUUCCCAUAAAACUUCAGAAAAUAAUUGCCGAUGGACUUGAACUUACAACUAAAUUGGGAUACCAUUUCGUCACAGACGAUCCCGAUUUCGAACGGGCUGCACAGCUCCACCGUGAGCUGGGCUCCUGUUUGGGUCGCUACAGAGAACUAUACGAAGAGGUGGAAACAAUUGGCCAGAAACGGCACAUAACAGAGUUCACUGUUCACAAUGUAGACGCCGAUCGAGCAGGAGAAAGUCCUGUUCAGGACUAUUCCAGCGAUGAUAGUGAUAGUGAUCCUAUAGGCAUUCGAAGCAAGCGAAGUCGAUUAACUGAUGAUGAUGACGAUUAUGUUUAGGAUUAUCAUUUUUAGCUUAAAAAUUGA